AUGUCAUCAACAUCGUCUCAUUCAAGACAUACAAGCUCCAGUUCAAAUUAUGAUAAUCAUGAUCAUUCAGCACCAGUGAUUAAACCCAAGUUGGAGUCAAUCGAAACGUCAUCAGCUUCGCCGAACAAGUCUCCUGUAGUAACAGACCUGUUACCACCUAGCAAUCUUAGUGAUAUUGAAUCAGUUGAUGACCGUAAUACCAACAAGGCUAGUGAUGGUAAGCGCGAAUUGCAUGUAGUCAAUCCAGAAACAACCACAACCUCAGAAGCCCCUGAUACAACUGUUGUACGACCAUCAUCAACUUCAGCUAAACAAAAGAGGUCUUCUUCACCAGCCCCAUCAACACAUGGAUCAAUCCUGAGUCGUGAUUAUCAAAGGACAGUUAGUGUUAAGUUGUCACAGUUACAAGAUACGUCAAGCCUUGAAAGUCUAUUAGCUAAACCGAUACAUCAACAGCCAGCAAACUUGACACGCGCACUGAAUAGGGAAUCAGUUUUCAGUAACAUUAGUCAAUAUUCGGGAAGAAUUGAGCUGAGUGCAGAAGCAGUUCCUGUAGUUUUACAAAGAUCGGACUCAACCAAGAUCAAAAGGGUGAAAAAUAAGAAACUGUCAAGUGACAACGAUGAUCAUGCAGCUGACACUACGGAGACUAAAUCAAUGAAUACUGUCAAUCUGGUUGAAACUAGUCAACUUUUAAAUACAGGAAAAACACCAGUUAAAGACUCACCCCACACACCGGACGAUGACCAAGAUGACGAAUCAGACUAUGACGAAAGCUCAAUCUUGAUGGGGAAAUUACCAACCAGAAACACUUCAAACAAUAUGCAAUUGAAUCCUGACAAGACAUUUGAAACAAGUGUUGAAGGAGCAAUACCAGCACGAUCACCAAGACGUCCUACUUCGAUGCUUCCACCAGGCACAACUUCAAAUGAUAUUUCCACUGGUCUCGGCGAUAAAACAACAAGGAGGAGAACAAUGCAAAUUACUGAUGAUUUGGAUCAGUUAAUGCAGGAUGCAUCGUCAAUAUCUACUUUUAGCUCAAUGAAGAAUCACAAUGAGCUAGUUGCUCCACAACAAAACAGGAAUGAUGAGAUAGGUGUAGGCUCGGCCGUGUUUGAUACGACGGGACCCCAUGAGGAUUCUGAUACUGAAUCUCGUGGACCAGAAGUUCCUUCUCAUAGGUAUAGCACUGGUACAUCAUCCACUAAAAUGACCCCAUUGUUAAAAUCUUUGGCAGUUGAAGACGAAGAGCUUGAUCAUGAUAGUCAUAGUGGAAGUGGAAAUGGAAAUGAGUCCGAUUUAAUCACGAUAGCUAAACGUGAGCCUUCAUUACCACCACGACCAUCGCAAGAAAAUGUACUUCGGGCAAGAGACGUAUCGGCCAACAUUCAAAAACAACAACAACAACAGCCGAAUGCGGCGACAAAUGAGGACCAAUACUACGUCAACGAUGAAAAUCCCAAUUAUGAUGACGAGUAUUAUGAUAUUGAAGAACCAAUCCAGCAUCCAUCAAGAGGCAAAUCCGUCAAGAACUCAAUUCGAAAACCAGCAAGGAACAUAACCAAUACCGCCACAGACAAAACUACCGCAACACCAAACCCCAACAAGCAACAACAGCAUGAAUCCAAAUCAUCAACCAGCAAAAAGCACAAGAGACGAAGUAAAGAUAAAGCAAAGCAACAUCACAGGGGUGCCAUCGCAGCCACUUCUUCUAGUGCUAGGCCAAAUGAACUCAGACCAUUCAGUUACAAGACCCUAGUUUCAUUACUUGAAAGCAUGAAUGGAACCAUCAUUGGAGAAGAAUUCAAUUCACUAAAUAUUCCCAUUCGAGAAAAACAAUUGAUUGAGAAAAUUAUUGAUAGUUUAUCUCGUUUGAGUUCUGAUAUGAUUUUAGAUCAAGAGAGAUACGAUGUUGGGUUACAACGAUUAGAAAAGGCGUUGAGAGUACUCGAAGGAUUCAAUUAA